GGACACUCGUUGAGCUAAGCGUCUCCGCCCAACGGCACCGGCUACCACUCAAAAAGGGAAAGUAUCCAUAGACUUGGCGAAAUUACACUGAAGUAUCCCCGUUGGCAGCGAUAGAAGAAUUUCCUCCCACACAGACUUGACCCCCAAUCACGUUAUCACCCCUAACUACCAGCACGUGUCUCUUACUAAGCUGGGGGUAUAUAGUUAGUUAAACUUCUUCCGCACUUCUGAACCUUCCGAUCCAUGGAAAACUUGGGGGUUUUCGGGGCUGGGGUCAAAUCGAACAACCUUCCAGUCUCAUGGCUGUCGUCUCUCGAUAAAAUUGCCCGUAAACCUGUUUCGAUGGGAGGAAGUGGUGCUCUAGUCAAACCACCCGACUGUCGACUGCAUACGGGAAGUCGGAAGAACUGCAAAACGCGACGUUACGAACUACCAAUGGCAGUUGGAGGAAGCGGCGGAGAGUUGCUCUGGGUUGGAGAGCACCAAGAACACUUCUCAUGGGUAUUUUGGGCAGCGAGAAUCGCACGGAAGACGGGGCCAUGGGAGUUGGGAUUGAGAAGGGUUGUGGUGGAUGAGGAUAGAUAUAUCUUUUGUGCAGUACGACAUCGAUUCUUGUCUCGAGUAGGUUCGAUCAGUGCUGCCAUCGAAGAUAUCUGUCAUGAGCCGAGGCUGCUGGGAUUCGUCAGCGAGAGUUAAUACUAGAACACUCAAGCACUCCAGAAACACCGGGCCUGCUCGUAGCUCGGAAAGACUGUUGCGUUGACAGCUCCGAGGAACUCACACCAUUUUGUCAACGCCGCAAACGUGUUUUGCAAGCCCAUAGA